AGAUGUUGGGUGGGUGUGUCCCUUUAUGACGUCACAAAGGGACACUGUCCUGGCAAGCCCAGUUACAAAAUUUCAAAAUGAUAUCAGGUUUCACUGAUUGCUGAUAAAAACAAAAGACGACCUUUUCUUCCUACUCUUUUCCUGUGAUAAUAGUGGAGAUGUUCAGGCAAACGUUGGACUCAAAGUCCCACCCUGUGUCUGAAAUCGCUCCCUACUCACUACAUAGGGUGCUAUAUAGUGAGGACGCCAUUUUGUAGCGCUGUCCAAAACCUUUGUGAGGAUUAUUUACACCCUAUAUAGUGCACUCAAAGAAUCCCACAAUGCAUCACGAAAAGUAGUGUACAACGAUGGUCACUAACCAAAGCAAUAUAUCCCAUCAUGCAUUGCGGUCGCACUGAAAGAAAUCAAAUUAAAAGUCUCAAAUUUGAUUUAAUAAAAGGCAGCGGCAAAGAAGAGAGUAUUCAGCCUUGAUUUAAAAGAACUGAAAGAUGCAGGCACUUUGUAUUGAUUAAUGUGUGAAAUGCGCUCAGUAUAAUAUGGAUUUAUCACAAAAACACAUGCAUGUAUUUAUUAUUUUGAAAACCCACCAGCCGACUGAUCUGGCAUGUUUUAAUUGUGCGACAGUAAUGACAUAAAUACCAGCGCGACAGACUAGUGUCCGAAAGAGUUUUUACAUUUUACCAAUGAGCUCACUAUAUAGUCCUCUAUAUAGUAAUUCCCUAAAUAGUGAGUAGGGAGUAGUGAACGAGUGAGCGAUUUCAGAUACAGGGCCAGAAUGCUUGGCUCGUUAAUGAGUUAUGGUUUGACAAGAGCAGUGUUGCUGACAAUGAUACUAAUAUGAAAAUCAGUUGUAGAAGCUGAUCUGUUUGAGCAGAGUGUAAACAGACAACAGGACUAAAAUCUUCAGGGCUAAAUCACACUGCACCACCAACAGAAGGUCGCCGAACGGCAUUGUGGGUAAUGCAGGAAACGAAAGUGAAAAGACGAAUAAGUAUAAACUUAAAUUUUCUUCAAAAUUAACGUACCUGCCGUGGCCGUCCUGUCUCACCUGAUUUACCGAUGCUGUCCCAUGUUCGCCACUUGAUCCGUUCCUCCUCCGUGGCGCUCUCUUCAUCCAGACGCUUGUCUCAUCUCAUGGAAGCUGCUUCCAGUCGGCCGGUCGAGGCUUCCAUUCGCACCAAACUGACUCAGGCUCUUGAUCCAGAGCACCUGGAGGUGUUGAAUGAGAGCCACAUGCAUGCCGUGCCUCCGGACUCCGAGUCGCACUUCAGAGUACUGGUGGUGAGCUCUCGCUUCGAGGGUUUGUCCCUGCUGCAGCGCCACCGCCUGGUCAACGAGGCCCUGAGCCAUGAGCUGAGCAGCAGUGUUCAUGCUCUCGCCAUCCAGGCCAAGACGCCCCAGCAAUGGAGCAGCAACCCGAGCCUGGCUCAGAGCCCGCCGUGCCUUGGAGGAUCCAAACACGACAGCACGGUGGCGGAGAAGCUCAAAUCUGGACUUAACUAAUCCUGAGAACUUCCCUGAUUUCGAUAGAAAGUGUUUUGUUUAUUUACUGAAAUAUGCUGUCCGAGUUGCCUUUUUGUUGGACUUUUGUGUUUUGUUGGACAUUAAACACAUCCUACUGAAUAAAAGUGUAAAUGUAGCAGAUGAUUAAAACAGAAAUCCAUUUAUAAGAUUCAUAAAAUAUUGAAAAAUUUGUGGUGGAACAAUUCUGCAUUCACGUGUUGUCCAUGUCGUAAUGAAUGACCUCAAAUAAAAUAAAUGUGGCUAAGCUCCACCUCUUAA